GUUUUUGACAGAAAAAUAAGAUAGUAACCUGAUUUAACGGCGGAUCGCGGAGUACGAGGGGGAAGGAGUGGUUUUAUUUUCAAAUGAUACGAAUUCACGUAGGAUCAAAGCGGGCUUUAUUUUCGCAUAGGACGGCUCAACUCUGUGAAUCGCGGAAAUUUUUAUUGCCAAGUGCUAAGAAAUUGGUGCGACGACAACGAAUAUAUCCCGUACAUUAUUGCGGUGUCGACAAAGAGAAAUAAAGUGCGAUCGAGAGAAAGAGGAAGAGGCAGACGAGACGUGGACGAGCGUGAUCUCGAGUUGUCACGAGACAUUGAGAGCGAUAUCGCCCGAUUUCGAUUGAACCGAGUCUUCCUCUCGGCAGGCCGACAGCUCUGCGACAGCUCUGCGACAGCUCUGUGGAGAGGAUGGAUCCUCUCGAAAGGGACAAACAAGAGCCGGCGAAACAGGGCGUAGGCCGUGGAAGUCGCGCGUGGUUACAGCACGACAGCAAAGAACUCAGGCGACCUCAUGCUGCAUCCAGUAAUCAUUCUAGCGCAGGAUCCGUUUCCUCAUUAAAUGCCGACAGUCUGGAAGAGAAAAAGUCCUUGUUGUCACCACAAGCGGCAGAAUUUGUCCCAAGAUACAUACAACAGUUACAGUCUUCAUCACAGAUCCCGCAAUUCACGAUUCCAAAGAGCUCUGUACAAGAUCGAAUCAGAAUCGCUCGUGAAACACCACCAAAUGUAUAUGUUUCUCAAAUCCUAAUGGAAAAUCACGUUUGCCAAGAUGCCGCUCAGCAAUACAACGCGCAACAACACUCGGAGAUUGCAAAUUACGAUCAUUACGACGACUACAAUAGUGAAAGCCAAGAUUAUUGGGACAACAACAAGGAGGGGAACGAAGAAGAAGAAGCUUACAAUUACGAGAUUUUUAAACAUUUGGAAAGUAUCAUCAAGACUUUAAUCAUGAGUCCUGCUGAAUUUACUAUCUUGGUCCCGCCAUUCGUGAACAGACUUAGAUUGGACGAAAAUGUGCGUUGCCAGCAAGUUAUAGCAACCGUAAUGGAAUCGGCUAUGACUGAAAGUAAUUUUUUAUACAAUGGAGCCCGGUUCUGCAAGUAUCUCGAUACUAGCGCAAAAACGGUCACAGAUAGAGUGAUGUACAGGGAGAUGUUGUAUUAUCAAUGUAAGCUUAAGACUCGAUUACAAGAACUGAAUUGGCAGAACGAGGGUCAACGCGACCAAAAGAAGUGCAAUGGACUGAUACUGUUUUUAUCCGAGUUGGUCGCUCAGAUGGAUGAACCUUACGCUUUUCUUAUAGGAGAACUUUUGGUACGGUUUAUCAGUAAAGUAUUGCUAAAACCAGCGUCAAACUCGGUAAAACAUAUAUGCCAAGCGCUCAAGCUGGCAGGCCGUAUAUUGGAAAAGGACGAGCACAGGAAAGAAGAAAUGGAAAAUAUGAUGCGUGCAUUAACGGAACUGGUGAAUAAUGGACAAGUUGACACGCAUGUAGGCAAUAUGGUAAACAGUGUCCACGAAUUACGGAAGGAUUGGGGAAGAAGUGCUAGGUGUACCUCCUCUGAGACGAAUAACGUAUCGUCGAGUGACGUUCAACAACAGUCGGAGCAACCAAGCGCAUCCACACGUGAUUUCUCUGAAACGGGCAUUGCACUAGCCCGUCAAGUAGACCACUCGCUCAAUCUACCAGUAAUGUACGGUCCUGAUGGCGAAAUUUUAUCCGCGGAAGAAAGUCAGUUUCUUCAAGAUCACAUAAGGGUAGAGCCAGAUGAUCAAGAAACGUCUGAAGACACUUCUGUGGACGACAAUUACGACGACGAAAUUGCAACUGCUUAUGAAGAGUUUUUAAAAGACAAGUCGAAAUAAAAGACCAAGGCAAACUGGGAUAUCUAUGGACUAUAAUCUCAUACGGACAAUGUGACAAUGUGUAGUGGUUCAAAUAUCUCGCUAUAUAUAAAUAUGUAAUCUUUUUAUUUAAUUUCAUAGUAAUUAUGAUACGCAUAGUACUUUGCACCCUAUGCAAUAUCACUAUCACUAAUAAUUUCAUUGUUUUAAAAUUGGAUUCAGCGACGCAAAGCAAUGACGCUACGAGAGUUAAAUACGAGGAUAUUUCCACUAAAAGAGAUAAAAUAUAUUUAUUAUGUACGUAGUCUCUAUGCGAAUACCAUUAGAGCGAACAGAGCAAACACACGCAAACGCGAGUAAUUUUCAACUUGUCAUGUUCGUCAUGUAUAGACACGAUAGCAAUAACGAGAUUACAUACAGCGUGUGUAUAGCAUAUAUGAUAUAUAUGUGGCACGUGGCACGUGAUCUAUCAGAAACGACUGAAACGAGAUACCUUGCACUGAAUAACUUGCACUUGAAGAUACAGUCAUGCUUAUGUAAAUUUCCAUUUUACAGCCAUUUUACAAGAAGGAAUCUUAAGAUUCAUUUUUUCAGCUUUCGCCAUGUCUUUAUAACUUUCUGAUACUGUCAUUAAGUUGGAUGCUUGGAGAGAUAUCUCUAGAAUCUUUUUCAAGGUAUAUUCUGUUUGACAUAUAUUUAAAUUUGAAGAAUUAUUUGGCUAUUUCGUUUUCUGAUGGAUCAUCAUGUAUAUAGAUAAAUGUUCCGUAUGAUUGCUACUAUAUAUUUUGUUUUAUUUAAACAUAUAUAUAUAUAUAUAUAUAUAUGCGCGUGCGUGUAUUUAAACAGUUUCUUAAAUACAUAAUGUCGAUUUUAUAAUA